ACUAGUUAGUAAAACGUGGAAAUCUUCUCUUGAGAGUGGGCUCUCCAAAAGUAGGGAACCACUCAAUGUCGGGCUAUGUGUCAGGCAUACACACAAGCUCCCAUCCACUGGAUGAGAGUGGUAUAUAAAGAAGGGCACUGAUUCUGGAGUGUAGAGCGACCCACCCUUCCCGUUGGCUGCUGCCCCUCCUGCUCGGUCCGGCUUGAGAGGCAAGGCAGAGGAGAGGUCCAGGUCCCUCCCCCGGGCGCCUUGAAGAGGCUCCUUCUUCUCCUCCUCCACCUCUUCCUCCUCUUCGGCGGGGAGAGGGACAGAAGCGUCCGGAGAGCCGCGGACGAUGCCGAAGAAGCCGCCUUCUCCUCCCCCUCCUCCUUCUUCGCCUUCUCCUCGGCCUCUUUCCCCGGCUCCCCUGCCUCCGUCUCCGCCGAGGGGCCCCCAGGAGCGGCUCUACAAGCUGCUGGUGAUCGGCGACCUGGGCGUGGGCAAGACCAGCAUCAUCAAGCGCUACGUCCACCAGAACUUCUCCCCGCACUACCGGGCCACCAUCGGGGUGGACUUCGCCCUCAAGGUCCUGCCCUGGGACGCACGCACCGUCGUCCGCCUCCAGCUCUGGGACAUUGCCGGUCAAGAAAGGUUUGGGAACAUGACACGGGUCUAUUACCGAGACGCCAUGGGAGCAUUUAUUGUUUUUGACGUAACCAGGCCGGCAACGUUUGAGGCAGUAACCAAAUGGAAAGAAGAUUUGGACACUAAGCUGACUCUCCCCAAUGGCAAACCUGUGCCCACAGUUCUGUUGGCAAACAAAUGUGACCAGACCAAGGAAGUGCUUGUGAACAACGGCAUCAAGAUGGAGCAAUUCUGCCAAGAGAAUGGCUUUGUGGGAUGGUUUGAGACAUCAGCUAAGGAAAAUAUAAAUAUUGAYGAAGCUUCCAGAUGUUUAGUGAAGCACAUCAUGGCCACUGAGAGUGACCCUGUGGARCAACCUGUUGAACCUGAUGUUGUCAAGCCACACUUGAAUUCCUCCAAGUUUGCCAGCUGUUCAGCUUGCUUCCGGUCCUAAGCAACCUCCAAGCUGUUUUGGACAUUGSGACUGAGCAAMACAUAACUCAGGAAAGAAAAGUGCCUCCAGAGCAUGUUGCCUGGCUUUUGCUGUGCCUGGGCAUAAAAAUAAAAUCUGCAUUCUUGCCAAACACUUGGCUGUAAAAGAAAAUCCAAAGUUUCAAGAACUUUUCUGAUUAUUAUUUUUAUUGUGGUUUUAUGACUAAGUUGUGGAUGCUUCUACAAAUUUUGAUACUGAUUUUCUAACCUGUUUCAGUUAAUUGUAGUUGCUCCAGCCAAAGUGCUCUUUUUAGGAAGGCAGAAGCAUCUAAACACGGCAUUUUGGGGGACGGUUUCAUAUGUAUGUGUGAAUUGGGAGUCUACCUUAGGAACUACAUCACCCUCCAUUUUUUGCUGAACUUUACUCCCAGCAGUCCUAAUAAGUAUAGUUAAUGGUGAGAAAUACUGGAAGUUGCAGGUAAAAUUACUAUGUGCAGCACAGGGAAAAUACUAUUUACAGCACAGGGAUGGCAUUUACCUUUGUCAUUGUUUGCCACCACAGUGGAAGCCAUGGAGCUCCAGAGAGCUACUGUGUUUGCCAAUGUCAGGUGUGUUUGCCAAUGUCAGCAAAGUCAUGACUUGUAGAAAAGAGGGGGCUUUCCACCCACCUUUCUUCCCUCUCCAAGUUUCAUGAACACCUUGGCAGAUACCAACAAAGGCUCCUGGUGAUGGUCAAGAGCUCUCCGGAGUUCUGUUACCAUGACUGCAGUGACAAAAGUAAUACAGGUAAGGGUGAUCUUUCAGCAGAGCUGAAUCAGAUUUAGUCCAGCUAGGUGGUCAGGACUCCACUCCCACUUCUGCAGCAGUUUGAGAGCAGAGAAAUGAAAAUAUUUUGGCACAAUCGGGCUGGUCCAAAGCAGCAAUGAACCCUAAAGGUAUUAAUCAACAAAACAAAUAAAGUCAGUCAUGCACUAAAUAUGUAAUAUGCUUUGUCAUUUGAAGUUUGUUUUUCAGAGGAAAACGUCAACUCCGCAACCAAAAACUAUACAUUUGCAGCCAACAUUAAUUCCAACUUAUUUUUCAUAGGUUAGAACAAUUGCCCUCUUGUAAACCAGGCUUGAAACUAUUUCCAAUUUGUAUCUAAUGUACAAAUGUCUUGUCUGAUAUCCCCAUAUCAACAACGGAAAUGUUAUUUGAUGAUUAAAACUCUGGAACGUCUUUUCAUAAAUUGUUUUAAGUUGCUUUCCAUGCUGAUUUUGUAUUUUGAUGCAAGAGACCUGAUUUAAUUGUGUGUCAACACAAUGAGUGUAUAAGACACCAAACCAUAGAUUGAUGUUACAUGAGCAUAGACCCCUUCUCCCCAAAGCCUUACAUUUACAACUUAUAGCUUAUGUAGUCCAGACACAUUUCAACAGAAUUUAUUUUCUUUCUAUCAACUUUCCUCACAGUCCAGCUCUCACAACCAUACAUAGAAAUGGGAAAUGUGAUAGCAUGGACAAUCCUAACUUUGUGAUACAAACAUACACACAUAUUAUUUUCAUGGCUUGGUGGAUCUGGAUCACACUUGGUACAAUUACCCUUCAUUACCCAACUUAAAAUAUGGAUGAGGUUUAAACUAAUACAUCCAUCCAUUGCGUUGUACACACACACACACACACACACACACACACCAGUUCCCAGUCUUUUUUUUGACAAGGGACCACUUGACCAGGGACCACUCUCCAACAUUAGUACCAAAAGGGCUACGGAUCGGUUUUUGGUCAAUAUUAAAUUUGGUUUGGUUAUUUGGAGUGCUGAUUCAGAAAAUUGCAUUAGAUAGACCAUAUCAGCUCUAGUUUCUGUUACAGAACAUAUCCCAUGCAGUAGUCGCCAUCUGCUUGCCCACAGAAAACCAUAUUUAAUAAUCUAGAGCUGAUGUGUACUCUUUCGUGGGUAGUCAGCCUCUCCCCUCCUGAAAUCCCUGUUGCCUUGGCACUGUAAGAGAGUUUUGUGACACCAGUCGCUCUCGUUGCUGCAUGGUUUUGAGACAAUGGUGUAGUAACAGUGAGGCUACAGACCAUAUUUUCAUUCUUGCGGACCACUGGUAGUCCACAAACCAUAGGUUGGGAACCACUGAUAUGGAUUAAUUGCCCUUUACAGCCAACAUUUCCACACAAAAUAAUUUCUGUGCGGCAUUUCAGGAGUUUGAAUACUGAGAGAAAGCUACACAAAAUCCUUGCUUAUCUUACUAUUCUUCCCAAUGGAUCCCUCAACUGUUCAGAAAUCAAUUUUUCCUCCCAGGAAUAAAUAAUUAUGAAUAUUCUUUCCAUCUGUAGGAACGAGGAGAUUCCCACGAGAUCUUGUGGUAAUCCCUCGGCAUGCUCAGCUACUCUCAAAAGGGAAAGAUUUUCUCCCCUGGUUUUGAGUGUUGUGUUUUUGUGUUCGCAUCCCUCAUUAAUUUUAACCGGGAAAGGA